AUCUUCUCAAAAGUAAGACUGUUUAUAUUCACAAGCUCCACGAGGAACUCCAGAGCUCACAGGCUGUCGGAGCAGCUUGAUCACAUUUCAUUUGAUGCUUGGCGAUGCUGUUCGGACAUCAUCUGUUUAUUGUUCAGGGUUUUUUCUGGAGUGGGGAGCAAACAAUGACCCAUCACACAAAAAGAGUUAUCUGUACAUAAACAGAACUGUAACCCCCCCAGCUUGGAUUCAACAUCACACUGAGGGAUAUAUUUGAAUGACAAUACUUUGUGCUGUGCAAUCACGCAGCUUCCCAUUCUUCUUUUUUUUAUAAAGCGCAGUGGCAGGACCUGUGCAGAGUACCAAGCGGUGGAACCGUCUGACCCCAGCUCAGCCAUGGGAAAGAUCAUAUUCUACGAAGACAGGAACUUUCAAGGCCGCUCUCAUGAGUGCAGCAGCGACUGUGCAGACCUGAACUCCUAUUUCAAGAGAUGCAACUCCAUCAGGGUGGAGAGCGGCUGCUUCAUGGUUUACGAGCGGCCCAACUACAUGGGAAACCAGUACUACCUAAGGAGAGGAGACUACUCUGACAACCAGCGAAUCAUUGGCAUCAAUGACUGUGUCAGGUCGUGUCGCAUGAUUCCACAGCACAAAGGCUUGUACAAGGUCAGACUGUACGAGCGCUUCGACAUGUCUGGCCAGAUGCACGAGCUGGAGGAGGACUGUCCCAACACUCAGGACCAGUUCAGCAUGUCUGACUUCAACUCCUGCAGUGUGAUGGACGGCCAUUGGCUCCUCUACGAGCAUCCCAACUACAAAGGCCGAGUGCACUACCUGCGCCCUGGAGAGUACCGCCGCUACAGUGACUGGGGAGGAGUCAGCCCCAAAGUCGGCUCCAUCAGGAGAGUCACAGACUUCAACUGAUCCAAACUUCAAACUGUCUGUCUCCACAUUAAAAAACAAUGAAAAACAACUUCCACCUUUGACUGUGUCCACUUUCUCUUUCUCCAUGUGUCCUUUGAAACAUGUUAUGUUAACUCUCCUAAAACAGCAGCUGACAACCAAACAAAACAUCUACUAUAAAUGUAAGUG